CCCCGCGCCGUCCCCGCCCGCGCCGGCGGCUCCGCUCCGGGCUCGGGCACCGUCCCCGCCGCCGCUGCUGCCGCCGGGCUCCGCCUCAGCGCCGAGAGCUGCGCCGAAGAUAAGAGGAGAGGAAUUGUGUAUCCUUUCAGCAGCCUUCUGUUAAACUUGGAAUACCACAGCUCAAGCACGUGAACAGAUGGAUAAUGGAGACUGGGGAUAUAUGAUGACUGAUCCAGUCACGCUAAAUGUGGGUGGACACAUGUAUACGACCUCCCUCACAACUCUAACGAGAUAUCCUGACUCAAUGCUCGGGGCCAUGUUCAGGGGAGACUUCCCCACUGCCAGGGACUCUCAGGGCAAUUACUUUAUUGACAGAGAUGGACCACUUUUCCGUUAUGUUCUUAACUUUUUAAGGACCUCAGAGCUCACUUUGCCACUGGACUUCAAGGAGUUUGACCUGCUCCGGAAGGAAGCAGACUUCUAUCAGAUUGAACCCUUAAUUCAGUGUCUUAAUGACCCCAAGCCGCUGUAUCCUGUGGAUACCUUUGAGGAGGUGGUGGAGCUGUCCAGCACCCGGAAGCUUUCCAAGUACUCCAACCCGGUGGCUGUGAUCAUCACGCAGCUCACCAUCACGACGAAAGUCCAUGCACUACUGGAAGGCAUUUCAAACCACUUCACCAAGUGGAAUAAGCACAUGAUGGACACCAGGGACUGCCAGGUGUCCUUCACCUUUGGGCCAUGUGAUUACCACCAGGAAGUGUCGCUCCGAGUCCAUCUCAUGGAGUACAUCACAAAGCAAGGCUUCACGAUCAGGAACACCAGAGUCCAUCACAUGAGCGAGCGUGCCAACGAAAACACAGUGGAACACAACUGGACUUUCUGUAGACUGGCACGGAAAACAGAUGACUGAUUCUGACUCCACAGGAGCCACUUCAGUGAUUAGCAACUUAAUUGGGCAGUGUACCCAAGAGAGUCUGGAUUUUGACUAAAGCAACAAUAUGGGCUUUUUUUAUACGACUAUUUAUUGUUUAUCAGUGAGGACUGGAGGAGUUCCAUUCUCUAGCAGCUCUGUUCUUUUGUCCAGUUCAGAAAAAAAACCGUGCAUGUGCCUGUUCAGUCAAGACACCUUUUUGUUUGAAAGAGGGAGUCCGAAGAAUCAGUACAAUAGGGUAUUUUGUGUCAUUAACACAAUUCUCUGACUCAACUCAAAGUGCUAAAAUUACCUCUUGUUUAAAUUGUUUCUAAUUCAUCUAAUGCUAUGACACUGGGAGCAAGAAACAAAAAGAUUUUAAAAUGCAGUUGGGGAGAAGCUGCUAUUGUGUAGACUAAUUUAGUUUCUAAAUCAAUAAACAGUAUUGUAAUAUUCUAGGAAAACAAAUCCCACCCUUUAAAUGUACUUGAUAAGUACAGUUUCUUACAGUUAUGACAACUGUUUCUUUCUAUGCAUAUAAAUCAAGCAACCAAAUAUUAUCUGUAGCCAUGGAAAUAUGAUUACAAAUAUUUAUAUUGGAUUCUAAAUGCAAAAUGUCCCUGUGGUAGAAUUCAUAUUUUUAAUGCCUGGUGCAAUAUUAUUCCCAAGUGUAAUGCCUGCCAGAAGAAGCUAAUAAAAAUGUGAAAUACAGAA